AUGUGGAUGGAACCUAUGAUGAUGCGCUUAAACGGUGGUUUGACCUUGGAAAAAUUGAAAUGGCUCCGGAAAAUGAAAUCCAAAAAAAUUGGACGGAGCCAAUUUUUGACAGCGAAAUUGCAGACUUGAUUUUACGACUCGAACCAACGGACGUAAAAAAGUUCAACGCGUUCCAAGAUAGAUUUGGCUCCCAAUGGUUGAACGUCAUCCCGUGCAAAAAUUUAAGGCUAAAACUGUCGAACCAACAACUCAGAAUUGCGAUAGGACUUCGAUUAGGAUCAAAAAUAUGCGAACGGCAUAAAUGCGUGUGCGGAAAAGACGUUACCGAGGAUGGUUGGCAUGGUCUUUCUUGCCUCAAAAGUGCAGGGAGAUUCUCUAGGCAUUCAAACCUGAAUGCCCUUAUAAAGCAGAGUCUAUCAUCUACUCACAUUCCGUCUGUUUUAGAACCACGACACCUCUACAGGACCGAUCAGAAGCGACCAGACGGUUUGACGCUCGUUCCAUGGGCUGAUGGUAAGCAGCUCUUGUGGGAUGUAACGGUAGUAGACUCCUUAGCUCCUUGUAGGAUUAAUGCAAGGUCUGUUUGUAACCCUGGUUCGGCUGCCGCUGAAGCGGAAGAGCCAAAAAAUUGACAAGUAUAAAGAUCUUGUAAAUGAUGAAUAUCUUUUUCAACCGCUAGCUUUUGAAAUUCAGGGCGCGGCCGGCCCCAGCAAAGAAGUUUUUUUGAGCAAGCUUUGUAAGAACCUAAGCAUAUGCACUGAGGAACCCAGAGCAGGCAGCUUUUUAAAACAGAGAAUCUCCCUGGCAAUACAGAUUGCGAACGCCGCUUGCGUACUCGGAACAAUAAAUGACUAAAUAACUUUCGACGAAAUUUUUUACUUGUAACACUUGUAUAUUAUAUUAUCUCGUGUCGAGUUGCGUGUUCUUAUUGAAGAAACAUAACCCGUAUCGAUUUUAAUUGAAAAGGACUAAAACACUUGUCAUCUUCUUUUAUCAUUAUCACUUCCAUAUCUAGAAAAUUCCAAGGAUUUUGACUGGAAUACAUGAUGAAGGGACUCAUGACUGUAACCUCGGUUACUAUGAUACUUUUGACCUUCUGAUUACCAAGAUAAAAAAAGAUGAAAAAAAAAAUUGAUGUCUAAUUGUGGACAGUGUACCAGGCAUAUUUUCUAUGGAACUAUUUAAUAAGUUGAUCACAACAGUUAGGCUAAUUGUUGCUAAUAUCCAACUCAACCUGUUCACAGACCGUCGUAUGACAAAAUGACACCUUUUUCUACAUCACAAUGGUACUUUGUUGGAUUUUCAAUUCAAUAAUUGUUCUAAAGUCUCGAAAUCUGACAAAAGUUCUUGUAAAAACUCGACUGAAGAUGAAAACUGAUUUUCUGGCACUCGCGAUUGGUGCCUUUUUCAUUGUUCUUUAUUCUGCUGUUUAGAUAGAUAAUCAUGGGUAAACGUUCAACUACAACCACUAAAAGUGGUAAAUUCAUGAAUCCUACAGAUCAAGCCAGGAAAGAAGCACGGAGGAAAGAAUUAAAAAAGAACAAAAAAACGCGUAUGGCAGUGAGAGCGUCUGUGCUGAAGAACAAGAAUGUUGAGCAAAUUUUAAACGACAUGCGCGAUCUUGAUCGCCAAGAGUAUGACCCGGAACCUGAAGACCUUCGUGGUCCCCUUGCGGUGCAAGACAAGGUCAUCAAAGAAAAGAGAAGAAAGUUGGUAGAGACGUUGGACAGAGUGCUUAAGUUGUACAACCGAGAUGAUCCUGAAAGAGCAGUAGAUGUAAAGUCAAUGAUAAGCGAGUACGAACAAGAAAAACGACAAAUGGCUCAUCAUUUUGAAGCAAUUAGACAAACGAGGUUCGUGAACUUAGACGAGAUUCCUUUGCCACCAUCCAUGAACUUCAACGACAUUCCCUUGCCAUCCGAUGAACCAUCCGCACCCGGGUCUAUCACAGGUGUUAAGCAGCUGUCAGCUCAGCUCUCAGCUGUAAUUGCGAGCACUGGCAAAGCUCCCCCGGGUCCACCACCUGGAAAACCCCCUUUGAAGAAGUUCAAGCAAUACUACACGUCAGCGCGUUCCAGUGAAUUUGAAGAGAACAGUCUGAUGUCUGGGAGUCUAAGUAUGCCCCCAAAUAGUGGAAACCUUGACCCCGUUCAGGCAAGAUUAAUGGCUCUGGCCGAACAGCCAAUACCUGGUCAACCUAUGCGCCCACUGCCUACGAGAGUAGAUGAACCUCUACCUCCAGGUGUAGCACCUCCUAUGAUGCCUCCUCCUCUUGGAAACCAAGUACCUCUCGGCAGUCGAAAUCCUAACAGACCAGAUGGAAACGCACCUGGAUCAGUUUUUACUGCUCCACCAAGUAUUAUAGAAAAAACUCCAGCAAUAACGAUCAAACACCAGCCAACGAUACAAGCCAAGCCACAAAUAAACCCUGCGCUCAAAGCGGCUUCAACUAAAUUUGUGCCGACUGCGUUAAAAGUCAAAAGAGAAGGAACCAGUCACAAAGUCAGAUCGGCUAGCGAGAUCGCUGAGGCAGCUUUAGCCGCUUCUAGAACUAAUAGCAGUAAAUCUCAAGACACAGUUGCACCUACUCCGGCAGCUAGUAAAGAUGAAAUAUACCAACAGUUUUUAGCCGAGGUCAGCGAACUUCUCUAGUUUUUUAAAUCUUUUGUUUGAUGAAAUUUGAGUUUUCAUUCGAUAAUUCAGCUUGUUUGUUUAAUGGUAUUAUGAUUAGUGCUAAUAGAUUAUUUUGAUGCCUGAUA